AUGAUCAUCUAUGACAUUCUUGCUUGGUUAUUCAAAUACGUGUCACUCAUGAUGCAAGCCUCGUCGAACAUAUUUCCUCUUGCUCUCCGUCCCGGUCAAGGCGGUAUGGCUCAAGCACAGCAUCCGGAUCGAGAUGGGUAUGGCUCGGAGGAAGAGGACGAGAUGCCUACAUUCCCUGACGAUGAGUCUUCAGCGGAUGGAAUUGAGCGUGCUACCCCUAGUUUGCUGCUCGAAGGUUCAUCCGGCGGACAGCUAGUAUCACGAUCGCACCGUGAGCAAGGCGUUCUCCAAGCCAGAAACACAUGGCUAGACGACUUGACGAACAAGAUGCUGCCUCCAGAAGAGACGGACCUCAUGGUCAGCAGGCUAGCGAAACAUGCGGACGAGCAAUUUAAAAGAACAUACGUGCGAGGCGUACCCACUGUUGAGGUACAAGAGUCGGCCGUCAAUCUCAUGGUAGGCUUGUCUUUCCUACCAGGAGCAGACAAGCCACAAGUCAAUCGAUUCGAGCAGACGGAUAUGGCAGGCAAUGCGCCAGACCAGAAAGAUGCAAUGUGGCGUGUGAACACAGCUGGCUCCCUCCUCACAAACCACGACGUAGCCCAAGAUCUGUCGAUUAUACAGACUGAACAAACUUCGAAGGUGGUCCGGAAGGUCAUUGAUCGAAGGAGAAACGAGGACUGGCUGAGUCGCAAGAAGGUCAAGAUGAUUGGAGAGAUCGCGCCUGACGCCGUCACGAUCGAUAGCAAGCGUGUCAAGCUCGUGUCCGAUUUGAGAACAAGUCAAUGGGAUCUGGAAGCGAUGCUUGUUGAAGUCGAUGACAAAAUUGGUGUUGGAGCAGAUGAUCGAAGACGCUCGCAGGCUGUGUACGCGAUCCCCGAUCCUCUUCCGCAUGUCGACCCGGACUCGAAUCAUCAGCUCUAA